CCCCACCCCUACAGGUUUCCUCUUUUGCCCAUACAGGAGGUCACAUGAUAUGAUCUUCUUAUUCAAGAUGGCGGCCAUUAGGCACAACCUAGUAUGGUUUCUCUCUCUCUUAUUUUGUCAUUAUUCGCUUAUAUUUGCAUCUCAUGUACCCGUAUUCAUGUGGUCGAAGGACAGCCCUCUGUCACCUGAGAAGCCAUUAUUAGCUGGACAUACAGUGUCUGCUCAAGACUUCAAAGAGAAAUACCUUAGAAAUGUUUUACAGAAAACACAGUCUGUAAUUUUGUUUCUUCAAGACAGGUUAAGUAUUGAUGAUGUCACUCGUUACGGAGAUGCCUAUAGUACUGGUAGCCAUGGCGAUGCCUUCUCCAAUCUCAAGUUUGCUAUACAGAAGGCAAAUUCUUCAGUGGUGUUGCCAUCAGUUGAGGUUGAAACAAGUGGAGUAACAAGUGACCUGAUAGAAUAUGUCAAGGAAAACAUUAAAGGAAAAGUUAUGAUUGUCAAAGGAGAUGAGCUGAAGUCAUUUAAAGCAGAGAAUUACCUGCUUGAUGACAAAGUGACAAAUGUUUUCAUCAUUAAUCUUCACCCUGUUGAAUUGAGUUACCAUGAAAGUGCUGAACUUGCUUUUAAAGAAAAUGAUGAGGUGAUUGCCAUGGUAACUAAAGAAAUUUCCAAACUUGGGACAUCCUAUACUUGCAUCCUGACUGCACAAGCACCUAAUAAGGAUGUCAGUAACUUGGUGGAAGCAGAAGAAAUUUCAUCACUCCCACAUGACAGAUUUAGAAGAGAUGUCGAAGCAGACAGUAGCGAAAACAAAAGUGUUGACAUUGUGUAUCUAAAUAACACCCUAUUUGCCAAUGGAUCAUGUGUGUUUGUGUACAUGAAGGGACUAUACUUGAGACAUUUCAAUGAGACAUUCAAUUUCUUCAACAUGAGUGAUAUCAGUGGCACUGUGGAAUCAGAUUGUUCAAACUACUCAAGUGUAAGCUUCACCAUGUUAUUGAAAGACGGUGGCUUUGUUGUAUUAAAACUGAGAGGUGAUUUCAACGUUACCCGGUCAGAUUGGAAAUGUGUGAAACUUAGUGCAACAAUAAAGCGCAAAGCUGGCGACGUAUCAGUCGAUAAACCGAUUGUGUUCCCCUGCGACAAGGAAAUCCAUGUUCCUCUUAAGAUGUCCUAUCACUGCUAUAACUCAACUUUUAUCGGCGGGAACUACUCUUUGAGCUUCUUAAACUUUCAGAUUCAGCCAUAUCGUAUAAAGAAUAACAAGUUCUCCUAUAGCUAUGACUGUGUUGGAUUCUUUUCUAUUCCAAUUCUUAUGGGUUUAUUCACUACUGGAAUACUUCUAUUGAUUCUGUUCUUUGGAAUAAUGGCUGUGUUCAGUAUUACGACAAUGGACAGAUUUGAUGAUCCCAAAGGAUCUCAGAGGUCAUUUGGUUCUACUGGAUAAUAAUUGUUCACAUACAUACUAUCAAAUCUUUUCUAGUUAUGUUAACAUAAUAAUUAUAGCAUGGGCCUUUCUCAUGCGGCAACCAUGUCAACUGUAGCGGUAAAUUUUUUCAGAAUGAAGUUACAUAGGUUUAAACAAAGGUUUUCAUUCUCAUGGGAAUAAACAUGACGCUGUGUGAUCGAGGUCUAUAGUUCAUUCUUCAAAGAACUUACUGAGUUCCAUAAGAUUUUUUUAAACAGAAACUUGCACUACAUAUAAUACAUAUAAUACUAUUAUAGUGUUAUUCACUGUUUACAAACAUUGACGUCAGCAAUCUUUUCUCAUUAAAAUUUGCCAAUCAUUAAAACAAAAGAUCUCUUUGUUUCAGUAGCCAAUAAGAUCUCUGGUUGGCACAUUUUAAUAUCAAUAGGCGAUGUCAGCACAAACUUCACUACAUUUCUGAAUUCUUUGUAUUCUACCCAGACAUUGUUUUGGGGUCUGAUAAAAUAAUUUUUUGAUCCAAUUGUAUAGAAAAUUGAAAUAAAUUUUUCUUGGUAGAGUUCGCCAUCUACAUUUUUUGCCUUUUUUGAAAAAUUGGAAAACUUUGAGCUAACCUAAUGGAAAUGCGACUGUUGUCAAGCACUAUUACAGGGAUAUCUCCAAAUGCAAGGGAGGUUCAUCCAUACGUGCUGUAGAGAUGAGCAUCAAAAUGAAAUUGUUUUUUUCUUAAAUACUAAUCAAAUUCAAGGCUAUUAAUAUUAUACUAAUAGGGAUAAUGUUAUUGAUAACUUCCAUGAUGAAAAUUUAAAUUCAGGUGAUCUUAUUACCCUGGAUUCCAGAGGCUCUCAUGCUCAAGUGUUGAUCAUACAGGUUUCACAGAGUGCAAACAAUAUAACUGUGAUACUUUAGAAAUACUAAAUAGCACAAUUUCAUGCGCAUUCCAUUGUUUUCUAUUGUUUAAUCAGCACUAUUUUGUACUAUUUAGUAAUUAGUGUUUCACGGAUUAAUCGUUUGCCCUCUAUUGUUGCAAGAGCCUACGAGAAGCAUUGGAGUUAUAGUCUCUGAAAUGCAGGGUAGAUUGUUGUGUUGUCAUUUAGAUAACAAUCAGAUGAAAAUAAUUAAAUGAAGUACAUAAUUAUGUACACGAAUGUGUAACAAAAGUGCUAAAAUAAAGAGCAUUAAAAAAUAAAACUGUC